AUGCCAGUAUAUGUUAUCAUCGGCGCUUCGCGCGGCAUCGGCUACCAAUUCCUUAAAACCCUCUCCGCGCAAGACCCCUCGAACAUCAUCAUCGGCACAGUCCGAACCGUGGAGACGGUCCAAGAGAAAGUCGCGGCUGAUGGCCUAAAGAACGUCCACAUCGUUCACGCCGACAUGGACGACAACGCCUCCCUUACAGCGGCUGCGAAAAAGACCGCCGAUAUAGCCGGCGGCGUGGUCGACUACCUCAUCGUCAACGGCGCCUACUUCGCCAUCCCGUGCAUCUUCAACGCGGCAGACGACUACGUUGGCAAAGAAGACCUCUUCCUCGACGAACUCAAGCAGAUCAUGCAAACCAACGUCGCAGGCACGCUCUUCGCUUUCAACGCUUUCAUGCCGCUGAUUUUGAAGUCCUCCAUCAAGCGUGUCUCAGCCAUCUCCUCUGCCGCCGCAUCGACAGACUACAUUGUCAGCGCUGAAGACCCAAUCAGCAUACUCUACGCCCUGUCCAAAUCCGCGCUGAACACCCUCGUGGCCAAGUUCGCGGCGCGGUACAAACGUGAGGGUGUGCUGUUUGUGAGCAUCAGCCCUGGAUGGGUGGACACGCAUGCGGAUAUGCCGGCGGAGGUGAUAGAUAGGAUGAGUAAGCCUUUCUAUCGGUGGGAUAAGACGCUAAAGGGACCGAUUCCGCCAGAGCAGAGCGUGGAGAUGUGUUUGAAGGUCAUGGAUGAGCUGAAGGAGGAGCAGAAUGGGGAGUUUUUGAGUCAGCAUGGGAAUCAUGUUUGGUUGAAUGAGAAGUAGAAGCAGGUGCCUUUGGGGUUAACAUAGGAUGGUUGACAACGACAGUCGUGAGGUGGCACGAGUGUAGAGAAUAGCUAUCCAUUAUCUUCUAUCGUUCUGUGACCAUGGCCGUGCGUGAUCGCGCAGGUCCUGUCGUGUGACUUUAGCAGGAGAGUACAAUGGGCUCUUUAUAUCUUUCCAUAUUUGGUCAAUGUGCG